AUGUUGAAAAAGGAAAUCCAUCGUCUGAUCAGUGAGUCUGAUGCUGGUCGGCCCAUCUCCAGUUUCAUACAGGGUCGUGAGCUACUUACGUUCAAGGGCUCCCGUAGACAUAUUGUUCUAGAAGCAGCUUCCGUUACUCUUGCCCACAGCUUCCCGUCCGCAUUCACUCGAAUGAUAGAUGCCUCUAGACUAAGAUCUGUCGUGCCUUGGGCCAUCACCCAAAGCAAUCAUCAAGCUAAACUCAUCGGCUUUCGAAGCCUCCUUUCUGUACGCGGGAAAUUGGACAGAGGAGCGCUAUCGUACAGCCUCACGACUAUCCUUGCGGUGCCGGGUAGAAUGUUCUUCGGUGGAAGAAUCCCAAUGCAGAGUGCAGAUUUUGUGUUCUCGGCCUGCAUCAAUGAAUCUUCCCAUAAUCAUUUGCGCAGCACAGCUCCCCUCCGACGUGGCGACGUCUUAUUCUUCUGCAGAGGAGUAAUUCUUGAUCAGGGCGUCAUUAAGUGA